AUGCCUUAUUCGGUAGCUGUCAAUCUCGGCAUGACUGAUUUCAAGCCAACAAGGAUAUCUCUCAUCCUAGCUGAUCGUUCGACAAGGAUACCUGAAGGGGUGCUAGAGGAUGUUCCAAUCAAGGUUGGAGACUGCAUGAUACCGACUGAUUUUGUGGUUUUGGAGUAUGGAGAGGAGCCUAAAGAUCCUCUUAUCCUUGGGAGACCUUUUCUAGCUACAGCAGGUGCUAUCAUCGAUGUCAGGAAAGGCAGGAUUGCUCUGAAUGUUGGAGAUCUGAGUUUGCUGAGGAGUUUCUCCAUGAGAUGCUGCCUACAGACCCACUUGAGAGAGCUCUGA